AUGCUCCUUGCAGUGACUCCCGACGAGCAGGAACGCUACACCGAGAUCAUCGAUGAUAUCUUGGCGACUGCUGAUCUCGAGACCAUUUCUCGUAAAAAGGUCCGACAAGCGCUGGAGGACCGACUUGACGGCAAGGACUUGAGUGAACAGAAGGAGGCGAUUAAGCGUCUAAUCGAAGCUCGCUUUGAUGCUGUCUCCGGGGCUGAUGUCGAAGAUGUCCCAGAGCCAUCGCCUCACAAGCGAUCCAAUGGUGUCUCUAGCUACGACGAGACCGACCCUUCUGCCUCGCCGGAGCCAGCAAAAAAGAAGGCGAAGCGAUCCUCCCCGUCUGAAGAUGCAGAUGCGCGCCUAGCUGCCCAGCUUCAGGCUCAAGAGAAUAGCUUGGCCCGUGGACGAACCACCCGUGGAGGUGGUGACCGGGCUGUAAAGAAGCGAAAAGCGCCACGCAAGAAGAGCUCCAAAAAGGUCCGCGACGAUGAAGAUAGCGAUGUGAACGGCAGUGGAGAGUCGGGCGUAAAGAAGCGCAAGGCCGGUGGUGGUUUUCAGAAACCUUUUAAUCUAAGCUCUACGCUCUCCGACAUUUGUGGCGAGACCCAGCUCUCCCGCCCACAAGUCGUCAAGAGACUGUGGGAACACAUCAAGGCCAACGACCUUCAAGAUCCGGCAGACAAACGACAAAUCCGGUGCGACGCCAAGAUGCAGGCUGUGUUCAAACAAGCCAGGGUUGACAUGUUCAAGAUGAACAAAGAGAUUGGCAACCAUCUUUAUCCAGUCGGGGAGGAGUAA